AUGGACACCUUGAAAGCCAUCUUCCUGCUGACUGCCCUCUGCACAGGGACAGGUAAGAUCGGACACUUUGAUUUUUCAUCAUAUUCUGUCCAUGUCCAUUUAUAGUAUUUCCAUCAGAUUAGGCUGUGAUGAUAUAAUUCCUGGCGAUUUCUGUUAUGCCGGACUUUCUUGGCCUUUAUCUGUAACAUUGUAUCAGUGGUGUGAGAUAUUCAGAAACGUUUUCAGCCAUACCAACUUCAUCCACCUUCCUCUCAGCAAUCUUAUUUAUUUAUUUUGUACUAAAUCGUAAAUAUUGGCGACACUUUACCUUUACUACUUCCACCAUUAGAAUAUUCCAUGUACCACCCUUUCUAUAUCACUGUUACUGCUCCCACUGGAAGGCUAUUCCAGGUAUCUACUACCAUUUCUAUAUCACUGUUACUGCUCCCACUGGAAGGCUAUUCCAGGUAUCUACUACCCUUUCUAUAUCACUGUUACUGCUCCCACUGGAAGGCUAUUCCAGGUAUCUACUACCCUUUCUCUAUCGCUGUUACUGCUCCCAUUGGAAGGCUAUUCCAGGUAUCUACUACCCUUUCUAUAUCACUGUUACUGCUCCCACUUGAAGGCUAUUCCAGGUAUCUACUACCCUUUCUAUAUCACUGUUACUGCUCCCACUGGAAGGCUAUUCCAGGUAUCUACUACCCUUUCUCUAUCGCUGUUACUGCUCCCACUGGAAGGCUAUUCCAGGUAUCUACUACCCUUUCUAUAUCACUAUUACUGCCCCCACUGGAAGGCUAGUCCAGGUAUGUUCUACCCUUUCUAUAUCACUGUUAGCCUUUACUGCUUCUAUUGGAAGGCUAUUCCAGGUAUCUACUACCCUUUCUAUAUCACUGUUACUGCUCCCACUGGAAGGCUAUUCCAGGUACCUACUGCCCUUUCUAUAUCACUGUUACUGCUCCCACUGGAAGGCUAUUCCAGGUAUCUACUACCCUUUCUAUAUCACUGUUACUGCUCCCACUGGAAGGCUAUUCCAGGUACCUACUGCCCUUUCUAUAUCACUGUUACUGCUCCCACUGGAAGGCUAUUCCAGGUAUCUACUACCCUUUCUAUAUCACUGUUACUGCUCCCACUGGAAGGCUAUUCCAGGUAUCUACUACCCUUUCUAUAUCACUGUUACUGCUCCCACUGGAAGGCUAUUCCAGGUAUCUACUACCCUUUCUAUAUCACUGUUACUGCUCCCACUGGAAGGCUAUUCCAGGUAUCUACUACCCUUUCUAUAUCACUGUUACUGCUCCCACUGGAAGGCUAUUCCAGGUAUCUACUGCCCAUUCUAUAACACUGUUACUGCGCCCACUGGAAGGCUAUUCCAGGUAUCCACUACCCUUUCUAUAUCACUGUUACUGCUCCCACUGGAAGGCUAUUCCAGGUAUCUACUACCCUUUCUAUAUCACUGUUACUGCUCCCACUGGAAGGCUAGUCCAGGUAUUUUCUACCCUUUCUAUAUCACUGUUACUGCUCCCACUGGAAGGCUUUUCCAGGUAUCUACUACCCUUUCUAUAUCACUGUUACUGCUCCCACUGGAAGGCUAGUCCAGGUAUUUUCUACCCUUUCUAUAUCACUGUUACCGCUCCCACUGGAAGGCUAUUCCAGGUAUCUACUACCCUUUCUAUAUCACUGUUACCGCUCCCACUGGAAGGCUAUUCCAGGUAUCUACUACCCUUUCUAUAUCACUGUUACCGCUCCCACUGGAAGGCUUUUCCAGGUAUCUACUACCCUUUCUAUAUCACUGUUACUGCUCCCACUGGAAGGCUAUUCCAUGUAUCUACUACCCUUUUUAUAUCACUGUUACUGCUCCCACUGGAAGGCUAUUCCAUGUAUCUACUACCCUUUUUAUAGCUGUUUGCCUUUUCUGGUUCUGGAUUAACUCACAUUAGGCAUUUUUAUUUCUAGGCUUUGCAUUACAGUGUUACACGUGUACAGACCAGGCCAGUAACACCAACUGUAUGACUGCGACCAACUGCACGGCAGCCAGUACUUACUGCAAGACCUCGGUGGUUUCUGGGGGAAUCGGUAAGAGUCAAACAUAACAUAGACUUUCUUCCUUUCCUAUUCUGCCCUUUCCCUCUCCCAGAGUUAAAGUACUUUGUGUUAUUCCCAUUGGUAGUCUGUCUGCGGCCACCAUUUCCAAAUCCUGUGAGUCCGUCUGCGUGGCAAGCAGUUUGAAUGUUCUGAUUGUUUCGACUUCCGUGUCAUGCUGCAGCACUGACCUGUGUAACACAAGCGGGGCCACCAGCGUGAAGUCCAGCUAUGCCAUCCUGGCUCUGUGUCUGGGUCUCUUCUUAACUCUCAUCAGAAACUCAUCUCUGUGAUUUCCCAGAACCCAAAGAUCCAUCUACAAUAUCCAACCACAACGGACACCCUAAUAAUAUUAUCGGGACUAACUGAAUUCCCCUGUACCCCGAGUUGGGGCGAGAUAAUAACAAGACAUCGGAGGAAAGGCCUGAACUGGUUAAACCUGGACAGAAUGUGUAACCUUGUGAUUUUAACUCCGACGUACCUGUACAAACCUGAAGACCAGUGAAAGCUAGCUGUACUCUCAUGGAAAAAAUAAUUGGACAUUAAUAAUAUUAUUUUUAUACUUCUAUUAUUUUUAAUAUUUUCUUAGAUGCAUAACAUCUCCAUAAGUAUUACUACCCUGAGAUUGGCAAACUGUCUGCAGAAUUAACAAUAAAUAUAAAGCAAUUUACUGUUCUGUUAAUACCUUCUUUUUGUGGGUCAAUGAGUAAAUCAGGGUACCUGCCUGAACUUAGCAGAACUGCCAGGGCUGAGUCUUCACUCUCUGUAAAUAUUGAGGUAUUGCAUGAAAAUAAAAAUAUCAUAUAUGUCUAUAUUUAUUGUCAUCUUCCUGGUAUUUCAAAGGACAGACAAUGUUUUGAAAUACCAUAGUGCGCGAUAUGACAUCACACUGUGAAAUAUAGGGAUGGCAUAACUCAUAGGGACAUGACUUUGUGGGGUCCCUUUUCUUGACCUUGAGAUUGAUAUAUUGUGUCCCCAGUCCAGCCCACUAAUGAAAGAGAGACUUAAUUAAUUAUGGCAACCACAAGUAACCAAUGUAAUUUGUGAGUGUGACUCACAUCAACCUCAGGCAGCCAACAACAAAUAUGUUCUGGUGGUGUGCUAAAAAAGAAGCCCGAUUGUGUGUGUAUGUCUGUUUGGGUGCAUGUGUGUGUCUGUCCCUGUGUCUGUGUUUGUAAAUAUGUGCAUGUGUCAAUGACAUUGUUUGGGUAUAUGUGUCUGUGCGUGCUUGAGAUUGUGUUUGCUUCACUUCACUCAAGGUGGGUUACCAAUAUUUGUCAUUCCAGAUGCUGUGGGUAUUCAAUACACAAAACAUAUUAAACAAAGCAGAAAAUGGGGUGUUUUGGGGAGUAAUAUAGAUACACACCAAAGAAACGGAGAGACGUAAAAAAACUAUUUGUCAACUCACUAAGAACCUCUGAAUGUGGUUUAUGGGGUCUGAUCUCAAAUAAAUGCAGGCGUUUAAGGGAUGACAUGUUUUUUAUAUGGGCGACAUGUGUUAAUACUUAGUCAAACAAUAUUUAUUUAUAGAUUACACAAAUGCAUACAACACUACUUAUACAGUAACACACUGUGGCAAACCUAGCCACUUGGACAUUAUUUAAGUACUAUCGCUUUAAGGGUUGCCCGUAUGAUUUUCGUGUUAUGUGUGUUUCUGGGUAUAAUGUAAUACGAUUGUGUAGCUUUGUAUUGCCUGCAUUGGCUAUCUGCCAAAAGCAGAUAGCCGAUUCCCUUUCGUUUCAUCAACGGCACCUUUGCGGGCCGUUUGUGAACCGAAAUAACCACCCUGUAACAGCCCACACAUUGAGAGACGUGUGGCGCUAGUUAACCGAUUACAACAAUGUUGCAAUCGGUAAUUAGAGGCUCUCCAAGGUGGCCGUCAUUCGGCUACCGACCAUGCGGCGGUCGGCCAUCUUGGAUCCUUUGUUCCCCAGCGGUGUUUGGUCGUCGAGCGCAUGGUACUAAAAACGGCUACUCAACGGCGCGAACACCGCUGCACUUCCAGGCCGUUCGGGAGUUCCGGGCCGUUCGGUAUUUUAUUCCCAAUACAUCAAUCGGUCUUUUAAAGUGUGUGUUUUAAUGAAUAUGUUUUUCGUGCAGCGUUCGGUUGUUUUAGCUGGGAUCUGAGCGGUAAUCUCACGAAUGAUGCGCUCAGACCCCAGCUAUCUACCGAACGUCCAUUCGUACAAACACUGGCCAAAGUUAGCGUUCAUAAUUGUUUUUGCAUUUUAACACAAAUAUAAAUGCUAACUUUGGCCAGUGUUUGUGACGAAGUGGCUACUAAAAAGACUGGAUAUACCCCAUAUUGAAUACCCUGGGUUGUCUACUUUAAAAGAAUGUGAGAUGUGAUUCAGAGAUUUAUGACAGAUAACAGUGUUACAAUGUCACUACUGAUACAUUUUAAUCUACAGAUUCCAUUAUAUUCUAUGGGAAGUUUUGUAGAUACAGUAAAUCAUUUGAAAGAUUAUUGUAACAAAUUGUGAUCAUUUGAAAAGCUUACACCAGAAUAUUAAGUCAAGACUUAGUGUUCAUCUUCUUGAGUCUCCGUUUUAGACCCCCGUUCUAUUCUCCAUAUUUAUUAAUGGUUUUCACACAGUGUGUAAGACAUCAGCUGUGCACAUCUUACAAGAAAAUCCAAUUUAUCACAACCUAAAGCUGUGUUACACGAUGAAUUCUGAGACGUUAAAACAAAAAUAUUCAGAACGUGACCUGUGUUGCGUAAACUGACAGGCUCAUCCCAAAAAUCUUAUUCAAGUGAUUUUGGGCCAUAAAUGACACCCCAGCAGGUGGUAUCUACAAUUAAUGGUGUUUUCAGCAAUUUAUUUAACACCAACCUAGGGCUCACUCAGUAACUCCAUCCAAUGUCCUUCAUGUUAAGGGGGGAGAUAAUGUCCACCAUUGCACACAGAGUUCUUUCCAUUUUAAGAAGAUAAACUUGUUUUGUGUAAAUCUCUUAAUCCUAGUGUCUAACAAGAAAUGCCAUGGGACAGCCUUACAUUAUGGAGAUCUCUAUCCCAGAGACACAGGACAACCUGGGAUCAAAGAGCAAGCAAUACUUGUUCUGUCUCCAGGGAGGAUGAUGGUCUUGUCUCUAUACAAUUACAUCAGGACAAUCUUGAUAAACAGGUAGGUAGCUGCAGGCUGGGUUUUCCUGAAUAGGAGACAUGUUUCUGGGUGGGAAUCCCAUUGACUUGGUAGAAACCAACUGUCUAAAACACCCCUAUAUAAGAAGCUUCUGGCUUUCAAUAUGUCCACUGGUCCUCGUUCACCCAUCAUGGACACCUUGAAAGCCAUCUUCCUGCUGACUGCCCUCUGCACAGGGACAGGUAAGAUCGGACACUUUGAUUUUUCAUCAUAUUCUGUCCAUGUCCAUUUAUAGUAUUUCCAUCAGAUUAGGCUGUGAUGAUAUAAUUCCUGGCGAUUUCUGUUAUGCCGGACUUUCUUGGCCUUUAUCUGUAACAUUGUAUCAGUGGUGUGAGAUAUUCAGAAACGUUUUCAGCCAUACCAACUUCAUCCGCCUUCCUCUCAGCAAUCUUAUUUAUUUAUUUUGUACUAAAUCGUAAAUAUUGGCGACACUUUACCUUUACUACUUCCACCAUUAGAAUAUUCCAUGUACCACCCUUUCUAUAUCACUGUUACUGCUCCCACUGGAAGGCUAUUCCAGGUAUCUACUACCAUUUCUAUAUCACUGUUACUGCUCCCACUGGAAGGCUAUUCCAGGUAUCUACUACCCUUUCUAUAUCACUGUUACUGCUCCCACUGGAAGGCUAUUCCAGGUAUCUACUACCCUUUCUAUAUCACUGUUACUGCUCCCACUGGAAGGCUAUUCCAGGUAUCUACUACCCUUUCUAUAUCACUGUUACUGCUUAGGCUAUUGCUCCCACUUGGAAGGCUAUUCCAGGUAUCUACUACCCUUUCUAUAUCACUGUUACUGCUCCCACUGGAAGGCUAUUCCAGGUAUCUACUACCCUUUCUCUAUCGCUGUUACUGCUCCCACUGGAAGGCUAUUCCAGGUAUCUACUACCCUUUCUAUAUCACUAUUACUGCCCCCACUGGAAGGCUAGUCCAGGUAUGUUCUACCCUUUCUAUAUCACUGUUAGCCUUUACUGCUUCUAUUGGAAGGCUAUUCCAGGUAUCUACUACCCUUUCUAUAUCACUGUUACUGCUACUAUUCUACUACCCUUUCUAUAUCACUGUUACUGCUCCCACUGGAAGGCUAUUCCAGGUAUCUACUACCCUUUCUAUAUCACUGUUACUGCUCCCACUGGAAGGCUAUUCCAGGUAUCUACUACCCUUUCUAUAUCACUGUUAUUGCUCCCACUGGAAGGCUAUUCCAGGUAUCUACUACCCUUUCUAUAUCACUGUUAUUGCUCCCACUGGAAGGUUAUUCCAGGUAUCUACUACCCUUUCUAUAUCACUGUUACUGCUCCCACUGGAAGGCUAUUCCAGGUAUCUACUACCCUUUCUAUAUCACACUGUUACUGCUCUCACUGGAAGGCUAUUCCAGGUAUCUACUACCCUUUCUAUAUCACUGUUACUGCUCCCACUGGAAGGCUAUUCCAGGUAUCUACUACCCUUUCUAUAUCACUGUUACUGCUCCCACUGGAAGGCUAUUCCAGGUACCUACUACCCUUUCUAUAUCACUGUUACUGCUCCCACUGGAAGGCUAUUCCAUGUACCUACUACCCUUCCUAUAUCACUGUUACUGCUCCCACUGGAAGGCUAUUCCAGGUAUCUACUACCCUUUCUAUAUCACUGUUACUGCUCCCACUGGAAGGCUAUUCCAGGUAUCUACUACCCUUUCUAUAUCACUGUUACUGCUCCCACUGGAAGGCUAGUCCAGGUAUUUUCUACCCUUUCUAUAUCACUGUUACCGCUCCCACUGGAAGGCUAUUCCAGGUAUCUACUACCCUUUCUAUAUCACUGUUACCGCUCCCACUGGAAGGCUAUUCCAGGUAUCUACUACCCUUUCUAUAUCACUGUUACCGCUCCCACUGGAAGGCUUUUCCAGGUAUCUACUACCCUUUCUAUAUCACUGUUACUGCUCCCACUGGAAGGCUAUUCCAUGUAUCUACUACCCUUUUUAUAUCACUGUUACUGCUCCCACUGGAAGGCUAUUCCAUGUAUCUACUACCCUUUUUAUAGCUGUUUGCCUUUUCUGGUUCUGGAUUAACUCACAUUAGGCAUUUUUAUUUCUAGGCUUUGCAUUACAGUGUUACACGUGUACAGACCAGGCCAGUAACACCAACUGUAUGACUGCGACCAACUGCACGGCAGCCAGUACUUACUGCAAGACCUCGGUGGUUUCUGGGGGAAUCGGUAAGAGUCAAACAUAACAUAGACUUUCUUCCUUUCCUAUUCUGCCCUUUCCCUCUCCCAGAGUUAAAGUACUUUGUGUUAUUCCCAUUGGUAGUCUGUCUGCGGCCACCAUUUCCAAAUCCUGUGAGUCCGUCUGCGUGGCAAGCAGUUUGAAUGUUCUGAUUGUUUCGACUUCCGUGUCAUGCUGCAGCACUGACCUGUGUAACACAAGCGGGGCCACCAGCGUGAAGUCCAGCUAUGCCAUCCUGGCUCUGUGUCUGGGUCUCUUCUUAACUCUCAUCAGAAACUCAUCUCUGUGAUUUCCCAGAACCCAAAGAUCCAUCUACAAUAUCCAACCACAACGGACACCCUAAUAAUAUUAUCGGGACUAACUGA